AUGAUCUUCAUCUGUGGUAGUCACGGUUAUUUGUCCAAGGCUGAAGCUUUGCUCAGCGAAAUGGAGGAAAGGGGAAUUAAUCCUGAUACAAAGACUUACAACAUUUUUCUAUCCCUCUCUGCUGAUGUGGGGAACAUAGAUGCAGUUCUUCUACUCUGUAGAAAGAUUAGGGAGGAUGGUCUUUUUCCUGAUGAGAUAACUCACAGGGCUAUUCUCCAGAUAUUAUGCAAUAGAAACAUGGUUCAGGAGGUGGAAGCUGUGAUUGAAGAAAUGGAGACAUCGAAGAUGCAUAUCGAUACGAUAAAAAUUCUCUCCCUGUACUUGUCACUGUCGUCAAGGACGUAUGCUGCUAUAGUAGAUGUAUAUGCAAAGAAAGGACUUUGGCCUGAAGCAGAGAUCGUGUUUUACUCCAAGAGAGGUAGUUUUGGACAGAAAAGGGAAGUCCUUGAGUAUAAUGUCAUGAUCAAAACUUAUGGUAAGGCAAAGCUCUAUGACAAAUCUUUCUUACUCUUCAAGAGCAUGAAGACUCAUGGGACAUGGCCAGAUGAGUGCACAACCUUUUCGGCUAUUGCUCGUGUUUGCAUGGAAAGGCUCAGUCUAUAUGCAGACUUAGGAAUGGUGUCAGAAGCAAAAAUGAUAUAUGAUCAUUUGCAGGAGAAAAAUUGGGCCAAUGGAGUUACAUUUGCAACCAUGAUUUAUGUAUAUAAAAACAUGGGUAUGCUUGACGAAGCUAUUGAAGUUGCUAAGGAGAUGUAA